AUGGUGCAACUCACACAACUUGUUUUGGCAUCCGCUGCUUUCGCUGGUGCUGUAUCUGCAGCUCCCAAGCCACCUUCACCUCCAUCCGUCAACCCUUGGACUGGUAAAGACCGCUAUGUCGUCCAGAGCUACGGCAAGAAACUCGACCAGACCAUCGCCUCCUUCACGGCCCAGAACGACACCCUUAAUGCGGCGCGCACCCGCACAGUCGCUCAGAAGAUCUCAACCUUCACUUGGGUUACUACACGUGAUGGCCUUAGCCUCAUUCCUACUGCCAUCAAGGAAGCUCGUCAACAGAGAAAGCCCGGAAAGAAGAUGAUCGUUGGUCUGGUCUUGUACAACUUGCCCGACCGUGAUUGCUCUGCAGGAGAAUCCGCCGGCGAGCUCAGUCUAGCGAACAACGGCCUCGAGAUCUACAAGAAGGAGUUUGUCGACAAGUACGCCAAGCUUGUUUCCCAGGCCAAGGAUCUCGACUUCGCCAUUGUUCUCGAGCCGGACUCCCUCGGUAACGCCAUUACGAACCAGGGCGUCCCUUUCUGUGCCACCGCUACUCCCGCCUACGAAGAGGGUAUCGCUUACGCCAUUGCCAAGCUGCAGUUCCCCAACGUACAUCUGUACAUUGACGCUGCGCACGGCGGCUGGCUCGGCUGGGCGGACAACCUCAAGCCCACCGCUCAGAUUUUUGCCAAGGUCGUCGCUAUGGCAAAGAAACUCAACCCCGCGGCCAAGAUCCGGGGUUACGCCACGAACGUAUCCAACUACAACUCCUUCCAAGCCAAGGUACGCGAGAACUACACCGAGUACUCGCCAUCUUGGGACGAGAGCCACUACGCCUCGUCGCUCGCUCCUUACCUCGAGGCUGAGGGUCUACCAUCCAACUUCAUCAUUGACCAGGGUCGCGUCGCCCUUCCUGGGGCUCGUGCGGAGUGGGGUGAGUGGUGCAAUGUUGAGCCUGCUGGAUAUGGCGCUCUACCCGGAUCGAAGCAGAACAACACCAACGUCGACUCUCUAGUCUGGAUCAAGCCUGGUGGCGAAAGUGACGGAAAAUGUGGCCUUGCUGGUGCGCCCGCUGCUGGUGCUUGGUUCGAUGAAUAUGUGCAGAUGUUGGUGAAGAACGCUGACCCACCACUCGAGCCGACCUACCUGAAGAAGCCUAAGGUCUACUCACGUAUACUGAAUCUGUGUCACCACAUCGACUCUCCUGGUGCAGUUCUCUCAGUACCGAUUUCUGCAAGUCCGCAAGAUGGCUUCCGCCGCUUCCGACCGCAACAAAGCAUGUACCGACUGCAAGAAAUUACGCGUCAUCAACCGCGAGGAACAAAACAAGAUCUCAGCUCGCCGCUCCUGCGUCUUCCCAACGAAAUUCGUAAUAUGAUCUACACACACAUCUGUAUUUCUACUACAGUCAACCACGGUCAUCCUAAAAAUGGUUCCAAAGAGGGCUGUGCCUUUACCCAGACCUUCCUACUUACCAGCAGCCAAAUUUACGCCGAGGCCGUCGAACUUAUGUAUAGUCUGGCCACAUUCGACCUAUCUAGUGGGUCAGUUGACGUACCCAAGUUGUUGUGUCUCAAGAGUCUCAACCCGGAGUAUCGCCAUCUCAUCACCUCAAUACAGGUCAAUGCCAAGUUUGCAGAGGAUGCGAUAUUUCUGAUUGAAGAGGGCAAGGUGGAGGAAGUACUUGGAGAUCAUAGCCCUGCCGAGUGUCUGUUUGAUCUAGAGAGACUCCACGUACGCGAUUUAUAUUGGGCAGAUGUACGUAUGAGGGAUGAGCUGCGGUAUCUUUUCGACAUGGAAGGCUUGAUCAUCACUGAUCACGCUACAAAUGGUCUCCCUAGAUGGUCACCCGAGGAACCAUUCACAUAUGGUCAGCUCAAGGCCCAAACCGUUACCAUUGCUACAAAUCACUUCGUCGACACCAUAGCUGGAAAUCGACUCACGUUCAUCCUCUGGACUACAAUUCCAUCCAACGAAAUUAUGGCUGAGAAGAUCAACGACCCCGCUGCCCGAAAUGUCGAAGCGAUCACACGCGACAACCAGCUCAACUCGCCUCUACUGCGUCUCCCAGCCGAGCUUCGCAACAAGAUCUACUUCUUCACCUUUGACACGAAUGAAGUACGUCUCAAAUCGCCUGUCGAACGGGUCAACCCAGACUUUGACUGCCCGCCUGGAAUAUCUUAUCCGCUCGGCCUGGUACAAAGCUGCAUACAGUGUCGUUACGAAGCACUCCCAUACUUCUGGAAGACAACUGUCUUCCAGCUGAGACACCGCCUAUUCCCUUGGACUUCGGCCGAUCUCAAUUCUAAGGUUCAGACUGUAUUCAAUCAGAUUCAGAUCAUCCGAUUUGAAGCAGGUGGCAUGCAUUAUAUCUUGUUUGAUAGAUAUCAGCACUCUGAUUUUGAGAAGUACACUGCGCUGCGGAAGGUCCUCAUGCAGUGGCCGAACGAAGAUACCGCUGCAGCUGACAUUGGCUGGCAACUCUCUUCAAACUCUGCUUUGUCUACUCCUCUUGUAUCCAAACACCGAGUCUUGGAGCAGCGACCGCACUUCACUAGUACCAUGGUGCUCCGCCUGUCUGACCUUGGCUCCAUGGAGCCUCGCGUCCUACCGCCAGAGCAAAAGGAUGACCGCGACGACGAUUUGCGCUGCGUCGACGACGUAUUUCACAUCAACUGCGAGCGACCAGCGCGCUGUCAGGAUCCUCAACUCGAGGUGAAAGAUACAAAGGAGAUCACCCAGAGGAACCAGGUCGGCUCCCCGCUCUUGCGUCUACCUGCCGAGCUCCGCAACAUGAUCUACUGGAACGUCUUCGCCGGAGCCGUCAUCGCUAUCAACAAGCCUCACACAAAGAAAGACAACAUCCUCACCACAUACCCCAGCGUCCGCGCACUCAUGUACGCCUGCUCCCAGCUCUACCGUGAGGCUGAAAUCUACAUGUUCGGUCUCACUCUCUUCGCUCCCAGCUACUUUGCACUUCGCUUCCUCUGGUUGUCGAACAUGUGCGCCGGUAUGCCUGGUGUGGGAACCGCGUCGAUUAUGGGUUGUAAGAUCACAGCUGGUAAUGCACGCGCCAUCAUUGAGGGAAAGAUCAAGAAGGAGGACUUGGCAUACUAUCCGUGCUUGCGACAGAUAUUCGUUCAGCUCUGGGACCACCGUGUUUCUGUCAAGAGGAGCGAGUUCUACAGACGGGUGUUCCGUGAAGCAUUCGGCAUUCCGAAUCUCGACGUCAAGUUCAUAAAAUGA